AUGAUCCGAAAACAAUUUAAGCUUUUAUUUGUUUUUGAUGCCACCACAACAAGCAAUCAGAAGCCGCCAACUUGUCUUCCAAAUGGUAGCAAAUCAAAUUGGCCAACAAAGAACGAGACUGAGAAUGCCAGAAGCCAAAGCCAAAGCCAGAGCCAAUGCAAUGAGCAUACAUCAUGGACAACUGUUGCAUUUGGACACUGGGACACAACUGGGAGUACAAUUGAUGGAUCACCCAAAACCAUCUGA